AUGCGAACCUUUGAUUCGCAACCCUUUGACUGUCUUGAAUUAGCGCGAAUACACUUCCCAUCCAAAUCUAAUAGUAAAACGCACCUGUUAGAAUUUCUGACCAAAGUGGAAGAAGCCCACUGCGAUAUCGAGGAUGUUUCCUCGUUUGUUGCCUCGGCAUUUUUGAUGGAUGCAUAUCCACCUGGGAUGCAUUUGUUCAAUCCAACACAUGUCUUCCACGAACUGUACCUGGACGAUUGCUUGAAGGCAUGGACCGGGCACAAGGGUCAAGACGUCGACCCUUCUGAGUUUUCCGACACCGUUAUGCCCACUUCACUGGACUUUUCGAAUCCAUAG